AUGGCGGAUCGCGGGAAUCCGUUCGGGGAGGUGGACAAUCCGUUCCAGGACCCGGCUGUGGUGGAGCAUCGCCCCGGCAACCAGUACGCCACCCUGGAUGUCUACAACCCCUUCGAUACCCGGGGGAUCCCCUCCCCCGUACCACGAGCAGUCCGCAUCUCCGGCUCCGGCUACUCUUCCUACAGUCCCGGCACAGCCAGCUGCCCCCCCGGGGAAGAAGAGCCAGCCCCCCCGAACCCAAGAACUACGGAUCGUAUGGAACCCAGGAAACACAGAUCCCAGCCACAGCGGAUCUCCUCCGACGUCCAGGAGGAACUGGGGGAUCCCCGGAAAGCGGAGGAGCUGGACCGGCGGGAUCCCUGGUGAUCGGGACCUGCAGAGUGCGGCUCUGGGGGGAUCUGCGGGGAGGCAGAAUAAUUGGCCCCGCUGCCCUCCUUCUGCCCCGUCCAGCCAUGCUUCUACCAGGACAUCGGGGUGGACAUCCCUCAUGACUUCCAGAAGACGGUGAAGAUCAUGUACUACAUGUGGAUGGUCAGUGCGGGGACAUUGCUCCUGAACUUCCUGGCAUGUCUGGCGUGGUUCAUCGUGGACGGAGAUCAGGGCCCCGGGUUCGGAAUGUCCAUCCUGUGGGUUGUCCUCUUCACCCCGUGCUCCUUCAUCUGCUGGUACCGACCUCUCUACAAGGCGUUCAGGAGUGACAGCUCCUUCAACUUCUUCCUCUUCUUCUUCAUCUUCUUCGUUCAGGAUGUUCUCUACGUUCUGCAGGCCAUCGGCAUCCCCGGAUGGGGCUUCAGCGGCUGGAUCGCUGCUUUCACCGCCAUGAAGAAGAGCGUUGGCGUCGCGGUGUUGAUGAUCAUUGUCGCAGCUUUCCUGACCGGGACGGCCGCCAUGGGGAUCGUCAUGCUGAAGCGGGUCCAUUCCAUUUAUCGCCGGACCGGCGCCAGCUUCCAGAAGGCUCAGCAGGAGUUCGCCGCCGGUGUCUUCUCCAACCAAGCCGUGCGCACGGCCGCCACCCAAGCAGCCGCGGGCGCCGCCCACAACGCCUUCCAGCCCCAAUAA